AUGGGGCCUAAAUCUCUGGCUUUAGCAGCCUUGGGCCAGCCUUAUAAAAAGGUAUGGGAACUAUCUGGUCUCCCAUUAAAAACAUGGGUCAUGAAGGACACGAAGACACCAGAUCAGAUUGUGGAUUUUUCAGUAUCCUUCUAUAAUCAAUUCAGGGCUGCGGACAGUGUGUCUCAUCAACUGAAUUUUACAAGGGGCCACAAUAAAAAGAUGUGCUGGAGUGCUCCCCCUACUGGGUUUUCAAAGUCAGUUUUGAUGGGGUACCAUUCG